AGGUCACAACUGCCUUAGUACAAUGAUGGCUAUGUGCGAAUGCCGAAAAAAAGUCGACCUCAAAAGACUACCGAUCUACAAUGACUCCAAAUACCAAGAAUCAAGACAAUUUAUGGUCGUGGGACCUCAGCCCUGACUUUAUUUAUCUUGAAGAGCGCCACAGCAUGCGCCUAGACCGACUGAUGGAAUCAACUCUUGAUAGAACAAAAACCAUUACGAGAACUAACGAGGACGAGGCUGAUCCAGAUUAUUCAUGUCUUAGAUUUGUUCAUGUCUCAUCAUUCAUCCCAAUUUUC